AUGAUCAAGAAGCGAUCUGCAAAAACAAUCUCAUCUCGGAAUGUGCGGAGAGGACAUGAAGAGGAAGUGGAUGGUCCAAUGGUACAACAUGAAGAUGAUCAAAAACAAAGAAACGUUGGACCACCACAAGAAAAGGUUUCGGAACAAGAAAUUAUUCGACAAGUGUUAGAGGAGAGUGCAGAGUAUAAAUUCGGAGGAGUCAAAUCUUCCUCCUCGAGUAAGAAAAGUACUGUAACAAAUGUAUUAAAUUUAAUGGAAAUGUACGGAGAGGAAGAUAAAUCUGAGAGUGGUAUUAAAAUCACUGUCAAUAAGCCAGCAAAAUCUUUGGAAAGAAAAUAUGGAGAAGAAGAGGGUAAUGAUGAUGUCAUCGCGUUCAAGCCAAAAUCAAUGAGAGUUACAAAACAACAAUCUACAUUUUCUACCUCUGAACUUCGAAAACGAAAAAGACAAACUAAUAUACUGGACAGUGUGGAGGGAGAGGAAAAUUCUGUGACGCCACAGAACAUGGGACAAAUUGUUGCCAUUCAUCCCGAAGACACAGCUGUUGUAGUACCGUCUCAUCAUGAUGACACUGACACGAAUACUAAACCUAAUGCUGGUGUUGGUACUGUAAUUCCUGACGAUAUUACCAUACAGGCAAUUAAAAUGAAAAGAAAAAAGUUGAGAGAAGCGAAUACUUCUCAAAUGCAAGAAUCUUCUGAGGAUACCUCUGAUUAUAUUCCACUUGAUUCAUCCAUUCCUGAAAAGGCCGGGCUAGGUUAUAAAGGUCAAUCUGCUAAAGAAGAAGCAGGUUAUACUAGGGCGAUUGUGACAAAACAUGGAGAUGUUGUUCUCCACAAAAUCCAACAAUCAACAAGCAGAUUAGUGCGAGAAGAUGACGAAGCAGAAGAUGCAGUAGAUGAAAUUAUUAACAAAGAAGAGGAAGUAUUUGAAACUCAUAAGGAUGCAAAGAUAAAAUUUGGACUACCAAACGACGACAGAAAUAAGGGUGAUGUUAAAGAAUCUAUGGGAGAUAUUGAAAUUGAAAAUGUUGACAUGAUCGAUGAAGAGGACUACGAGAAAAUGAAGGAAUUUAGCGAAUACGAGCUCAAUCAAAUGAGAAAUGCAGGAUUGUCUGUUCCUGAAUAUAAGCAAAAUAUCAUUACACAAACUAAUUUAUUCAAACCUAGUGAAGAAAUUGAAAAGGAGCAACGAGAGAAGGAAUUAGAAAAAAAGAAGCUCAUGGCUUCAAUUUUGAAAUUUUCAUCCAAGAAGGAUGAUGAACGUGUCAUUGAAUCUUUUGAAACUGUUGAAAAACAGUUACUCGAGAGAAUGAAAGAGCUUGAAAUUUCACACGACAAAAUGCAGCAGAUUGUAAUUGAAACCAAUGCAGAAAUUGAAAAAAGUGCUCGUAUGCUCUCGCAACUCAAUGAAGACAGCGAACAAUACGAAGAACAGUAUACCUAUUUUCAGGAAAUGAGCAAAUUCGUGGACGAUUUGGCUGAUCUUUUGGAUACCAAAUUGCCAGAAAUUGAAAUGCUGGAAUCUCAAAUAUUUGAAUUACAGGAAAGAUUUUACCAACAACUGUUCGAAAAAUCCUUUCACGGUCAUGUUACCUACAUGCCAUCAUAUCGAGAGACACAAUAUGAGAGAGCGGUUGCAUUUGGUGGGGAUGGAGAAGCCGAAAUGACCAAUGAUCGAUUCUUAAACGAAAUGAACUCAUUGGUGGAGAAAAUGAAGCAAGUCUUUGACGAUGUGAAUGAGGACUAUAUUUCAAUACCUUUGCUGAAGAAGCGCUUUGAAGGAUGGAAAGAGAAAUAUCCCUCCUUGUACAAAGAUACCUAUUGUAGUCUCUGUCUGCAUAAUGUAUUUGUAAUCUUAACAAGAUGGGAACUUUUCACUUCAGGAUGUUUAACAGAAUAUAAGACAUCAAGUAACGAACCUUUCAACUUUCCAGCAUGGAGUGUCAGUCCACUCGAGUGUACAGAUUUCACAAAAUUCAAUUUUUGGAAAGAACUCUUCAAUUAUGGAGAAGUCUCAAUCGAAACAGAACCAGAAAACUUACUUCCUGAAAUAAUUCGAAAAUCCAUGAUUUCCAUCUUGUUACAUACCAUUUCAAAAAUCUACAAUCCAAUGGACAUUGAACAGACACCAAAGCUCAUGCAAUUAAUUAAGGAAUACAAAGUAUAUCUAGAAGGUUCUAACACCAAGGAAGAAACAAAGUUAUCGGAAGCCAUUCAAAAGAGAUUGAUUGCUACCAUUCACGAAUUUAAAUUUCCAGCAAUUGCUACACUGAACUGUGAGCUUGUCACACAAUCCAUCCAUCAAAUUAUUUCCAUUUUAUCUAAAUCAGUCAUACCUUGGAUUGAAUGGUAUCCAUCCUUCGAACAGAGUGAAACUCUAAAAAAUCAGAUUGUUCUCCAAUGCAUUAAUUUGAAAAUGAUGACCUUUAUUGAUUCAGGCAUUUCUCAAAAUAUCAUUACAAAGAAGGAAAAGAUUAAGUUUAUUACACAACUCAUGUCUCAAUGCAAAUUACCCAAUAACUGGAAGAGAGAGCUGAAUUUAUCCAUUGAUUAA